AUGUGCCCGACAUUGAUGUCAGGAGAGUGGAAUAAUCGCUACAAUACAUCGGCAUAUCAAAGGACUGCGGAGAAUGCGGUACAAGAUAACAAUACCGCAUCUUGGCAAUCUCAAAUACUGAACAGCACAGAUUCUUCGCCAUAUCAACGAGGAGCUCCGAAUACGGAAUCACGAAGCGACAUUGUCAGCAUGCAAUGGCAACCUCAAAGUUACAAUUACGAAGCUCCCUCGUUUAUAACAUACAAGCCCGAACUCCCUUCACAUCCGACCUCAUAUACCCCUUCGCAAAAACCAACGACUAUAGAAUGCCCACCUCAAUCUCAAAGUUCCAGUGUCUCAGACUCAACAUCUCAAGCCGAAUCACAAUGGACACCCCCAAAACAUCCUCUCGAAACCAUCACUCCGUUCAUAAACCCGACUCCAUUUGCCUCCACUCUGACAUCCACAUUUCACUUCUUCUAUUCUCACUCCCUCCUAUACAAAUCGGGUGUUACGCCUCAUGAACUACAAAUGCAUCUUGCCGCCGGCUCCUGCGGCGUAACUAUACACGGAACUGUUUCCAUUCCCGAAAACACCGACUGUUACCAAAACGGCACACUCGGCCUCAUAAUCGCGCAAGAAAUGCCUCUAACUCCCCGUUUGUAUUUACCCACCCAGCGUAAGAAGAUUUCUGAAUCCAUGCGUCAGGUUGUGUGGGAGUUGCAUGAAAAGGGAAUUGUGCACGGUGAUAUCUAUCUUUCGAAUUUUCUGCUCUGCGCUUCUGGAAAUUCAAACGAUCACGUCGGUGUUAAACUUAAUAAUUUCCACGAUUCUCUCUUUAUUUCAAAUUCUUCUUCUCAAACUUCACUUGAUCAUGAAAAAGAAGAACAAUGGACACCAAUACUUAACGGAAGGAUAGUUUCCCCAAAUCGGGCAAAUGAGUGGAUGAAAGGAAGGGAUAGGAAAGCGACCAAAGAAGACGAUCUUUAUGCGUUGGGGAUUUGUAUGUGGGAGUUGUGGAGUGGAAAGAGGUACGAUGAAACGUGUGGAAUUUGGGGAGAUGUGAGGAGGGGUGACCUAAAAGGAAGAGGGGUUGAUAUGAAGGGGGUAGGGGAUAAGGAGGUUAGAGCAUGGGUUAGGGCGUGGUUGAGAGGCGGGGGAGCAAUUGUUUGA